CAGUCUCAACGAUGUAUUGCAUCCAUCGAAUCGAGGUAGUCAUGUCUUCAUAACUUCAAUCGUGAUUGAAUGACCAGUGGUCAUAACAAGAUCAUACUAUAGCUACGGCUUUGACGCGCUGGUGGCGUGGGCGCUAAUGCACGCCACGACGCGACGCGUCGGUGUGGCGUCCGAGUUCACUGCUUCAAGUUAUAGUGAGGGCAAGUAAGUGGGAGAAUAUCAAUCGCCCGGACUAGUCGACCAUGAUGGGAUUUUAUCCACUGUGGUCAAUGCCUCCGUCAACGUGACGACUUCAAGCCAUUUCAUCAAUUUCCAUACACGUAUGCCUUGCGUAUGCCUCUCAAUCGCCGACCAUCGUCAAGCAGUAUGGCCUCACCUUUUCCCAGAAACAAUGUGCACACAAAGGCCUCUCGGCACAUAUAUUCCCGAAGCAAUCGGGAUACACUUGAGCAAAGUGACGAGCAUAUCCUGGAUUACCGUCUCCCCCUGGAGCUUUGCGAGAUGAUCAUUGAUUCCAUUGCAUACUCCGGAUUGACCGAAGGUCGUGGCUACUGGGCUCAGUCUGAAUGGCGGAAUGCACUCCUUGCUUGCGCAUUCGUAUGUAGGGCAUGGCACCUUCGCAGCAUGUUCCAUCUCCACAAGUCGGUCCAACUGGCAAAUCGCAAGCAAGUCGUAUCCCUCUCGAAACGCCUUCGCCAGCACCAGGACCUACAGGCUGCCGUUGAGUAUGUCACGAUCUCUCGCGCGGAGAGCCUGAGUGUCAGGCCCUAUUUAUCCGGCGACAAGGAUCAUGAUGGCAUCGGUCGCUUCGGGACUUUCAUAAUGAUGCUCGCGCGCCGGCUCCCAAAUAUCACUUCACUGACCAUAGCCGGAGUGGUCUGGAGAACAGGAUCCAUGCACCCGGAGUGUAUGAGGUACCUCUCCACAUAUACCACCAUCACUCGUCUCUGUCUACACUAUGUGACAUUCACGAGGACCUCACAGUUCGUGUCAUUACUCUCGGCACUCCCCAAUUUACAAUGCCUCGACUGCGCCGACGUCAAAUGGGCGCAGAUCCCGCUCAUGUUGCCGGUCCCACUUCACGCGCAGAGGCACACACAUCAUCUAAUCCUAAGCGGGAUCGACACCUCAACGAUCUCAAAGUCUUUGUUGAACGGCAAGAACAUUCAGGUUGGCAGUCACUGGCAGCGGCUACUGGAUAUAUUGCACCACGUAUCUGCUUGCGAAGUCAGCAUGACUCUGCCAUCCGUACGACGCAUCGACCUCUCUCAACAUUCGAAGUUAGGGAGAUUAUCCAUCUCCUAUACUUAUUCAGCGCAUGCCAGCUUCUACUACAUUGCCGCGACGCUUUCCACGAUCACAUCCGAUGCCUUGUCCACGAUUCACGUUCAAUUCCAACAUUCCGCGAUCGAUUCCAAACUCUCAGACCUUUACCGCGCUACGGACCAGUGGGCCAAGUCAUUCGUGAACCAGAUGGAUCACAAUGACGACCUUCAGCGCAUCGACGAAAUCCUGUCAGGCGCAUGUUUCGCGAGCAUCACGAGAGGAGGCGUUUGUUUCGAGAUCACCAUGAACCCCCGACACCACGCACGCAUAGCCCAACUUACAGGAAGCGAGGAGUACUGGACGCAGACACUCACGCAGAAGAUGCCGCGAGCGGCUGAGCGCGGGAUCCUUCAAUGUGUAUUAACGCAAUCCGUUAGAUAAAAUAGAAUAAAGUAGCUCUCGUCAGCGUCAUCCAUGUAUUGCGGUGGGGGAAACU